GAUUUAUUUACUCAUAUUGCGACUCAGCUAUUCUCACAGAAAAAACAAAUCUCAGCUAUUUUCUGAUACCACACCACAAUGAGUCGCAAGAGAGACAAACCCUACUUUUCCCGCCACGACUCCAAGCGCCGUCGCCCGCUGCCGGAGCCGGCGGAGGACGACAGACCAACUAUGAGGCCGACACCUCCGUCUGCGGUGGUCGUCAUGGGUCUCCCUCUGGACUGCUCUGUCCUCGAUCUCAAGUCUCGAUUCGAGAUCUACGGCUCCAUCUCUCGCAUACGUAUCGACCGUGACGCCGUCGGCUACAUCACUUUCCGGAACAAGGAUUCCGCCGAUGCCGCCAUCGCCGCUGGCCACGACCCUUCCUUUGGAGUCACCAUUAACUCCAAAAAGGUUCAAGUGUUGUGGGCAACGGAUCCUCUGGCUAUGUGGAGGGAAGGAGUUGGUAAGAACAAGGAUAGUGUAUCGACAUCUAAGCUUGCGCGAGCUGAGGUACCUUUGAGGAGACAUGGAAGAGGUAAUAAACUUGCUUCAGCUAUAGGGAAUACCAAAAGAAGUGAAGAUAGUUCUGGUAGCUCAGUUCUUGAAGUACCUUUCAGGGGCAGAGAAAUUGUUGCUUAUGACGAUAUCAUGUAAUUCUGAAAAUCAAUAUUUAAUUAUUUUAUAGGGUUAUCUUAUUUUGUAUCAAUUAUUUGUUUCCAUUUUAUAUUUUGGAAGUUAGAUCUAUGUAGUUUUUUUUUUUUUGCUUUGAGGAAGAUCCUCAACGAAUGAGCUUCUAGAAAGUAAAUUAUAAGCUAGCUAACCAUGUAAUUUAGUUUGUGGUUUUUAAUGUUUGAUGUCUACGUUAUAAAUAUAAUUUAGUAAAUAGUUUGUUUAACUUA